AUGUCGGCAAAUCGAAGCAAUGCGGAUCACUCCUUAGAGGGGACAGGUCAACAGGCAACGUCUACAGCCUCGACCACCAAUAAUGGAUCUAGCGAUCAAAACAACGCUGCUUCGACAAACAUUAACCACACCGCUGAGCAAGUCGCUCCUUCGACAAACAUCAACCAGACCGCUGAGCAGGCCCAUACAACUUUCUCACUGGACGGAGAAGAAUUCGAUCUCUCAGCGGCUGAAGAGGUCACUUUCGAUACAAAUAGCGAUUCUGGGACGAGAGGGCUCCCAGCAUCACGUGAAGAAGGCGCUCACAAUUAA